AUGGCGCACCUCCCCGCGCCGCACUUCCAAUCGAUAUCCGCGGAGCAGAAGACGAUGUGCGACGGCGCGCACGCGCGGCUGCGGACGUACCGUCGCAUGCUCCGCGGCGGGGAACUCGCGAACGACCUCCGAGGACGAUUCUGGGACGUCGUCGUCCUCACCGCGGCGAACGCGCGCCAGGCUGCGGUGUACGACGCCCAGCUCGACCGCCUUCACGCGCGCGGACAGCUCCCCGGCGACCGCGCGACCUAUCUCGUCGUCGCGGACCCCCCCGGCGCGCGCGUCGGGAGCGGAGGCGCGACGCUGCACGUCAUGUUAAAACUCCAAGCGUCCACGGACGACGCGUGGACGCGCGGGCGGAUACUCCUCCUCCACGCGGGCGGGUACAGCGAACGAUCGCCCGCGCACGGGACGUUAGGGAAAGCGUUCGGGCAGCUCCCGAUGGACGCCGCGGACGUGGGCGUCCCGGCGACCAUCUUAGAAGCGCAGCUCGUGAACUUUGUCGAUCUGGUCACCCAGCUUCCGCCCGGGGUGUUCGUGUCCUCCGCGGACGUCGCGCUGCAGUUCGGCGAUACCCCCGCGCUGAGCGACGAGACGAGAGAGAAAGCGUCCUGGGGCAUCCUCGCGCUCGGGCACGUCGGGGAUCUGAAGACCGGGGAGCAGCACGGCGUGUUCGCGUGCGACCGGGAGAGUCUCCGCGCGUUCGCGGCGGAGGCGACGGCGGCGGAGGAGGAGAAGGAGAAGGAGAAGGACGCCGCCGCCGACGCCGCGCCGGCCGCGGGGCGGCGACCCUGGUGGCGGCGACGUUGGGCGAGAGGCUGCCCGCGGCCGCUUGCGGCGGCGGCGGCGGAGGGCGUCGCGAUCGAGGAACCGCGUGGACCGCGGAAAGUCGCCGCGCUCGAAUGCGUCCGGUGCCUCCAGAAACCGUCCUCGUCGACGAUGCACGCCUCCGGCGCGGUGAUGCCCUCUCCGUCCUCGAUGGGAUUCCGCGGCGGCGGCGGCCCGGAGUGGGUUCUCACGGACAGCGCGUUUCACAUCGGGUACCGCGCGUGA